GAAGUUUUAUUCAUCGUGCGUAGAGACUCACAAAGAAAAGUUUUAUACAAUUUCGCUAUUGAAUAUUGUAAUAAAGACAAAAUAAGUGAAAAAUUUUUUCUCUGAGGCUAAAAAGAAGCGGUCGUGCGAAACCAUAGAAACGAAAUAAAAUUUCCUUAUAGGAAAAAGUGAUGUGAAGGAGCAGCAGUAGUACAGAAAACGACGAAGUAAAUUCCAAUUGGACUUGAAACUACAUAGAAAAGCAAAAGACAAGUCGUCGUCAUAUGCGAAAAGCACAAAUCAAAAAAGUGAACAAGUCCAAAGCAAAACGAAAAACUAGAAGUUAAAGUGGAAGCAGUGAGAGUGGGAGAGUCCAAAAGCAAAUUUUGACAGUUGGUAACGAUUACAGAAAAAAGUGGCUAAACUCAUUCAGAUACAAAGGCCCGGCUCGGAUAUAGAAACAUACAUCGUAAUAAAAAGGAAACAGUGGAAAUAAUAUAUUGGCUAACAAAAUUCAAGAAACGAAUGUAUCAAAAGUAAAAGCUUAACCAACUGAUCGCCUCUUCUACACAUCUUACUGCUUCUAUCGCUGAUCUUUGUGGUUAUUUAACUCGCAACACUAUUAGUAAGGCUUUAAAGUCUUUUACAUGCUGUAGUAUUACUACCUGUGCCCUAAAACACCGCCCCGGAAACAGCGGAAUACUCAUAUCGAUUACAAACAACCUAGCUCCAACCGUCUACAGCAUUUUCGCUGCCAACGUUUAAAUAACGUUAGUAGACUAGUUAAAAUUCGUGACUUGUUCUUGUGUAAAAAUUUUCGCAAUUUGAAGCAGCUGACGUGAAAUUUAAAGAAUUGUCAUACAUUUGUGUGUUAAUAAUCAUAAUCAGCCUUAACCUGUAUUACUCGGCUUAACAUUCACUUCUUCACAAAAGCUAUAAAACAAAUAAGCGAAUAAAGUCGCCCAUUAAACAGCUGUUGCUGUGAGGAUUAGUUGACCAUUCUUAAUAUGGCACUCGACAUGGGUUUGCCUGUAAAUGGCACUAAUGCGCUGACAUCAUCCUUCACAGCUAAGAAAAAGGAUGCAUCUACUGCAGCAGAAGAGAAUUUAUGGUCUGCAAUUUUGAGUGAAGUACAAAAACAAGGCAGCACAAAACUUCCGUCAAAUAAAUCAGUACUAGUAUUAGGCGAUAAUGCCACCGGCAAAACGACUCUCAUUGCGAAAUUGCAAGGUGUCGAAGAUCCGAAAAAAGGUUCUGGUCUCGAGUACGCAUACAUCGAUGUUAAAGAUGAGUACAGAGAUGACACAACACGAUUGGGCGUUUGGAUUCUGGAUGGGGAUCCAGGACAUACAAAUCUCCUGCGUUACGCUUUGAAUGAAACGAACUUCGAACAUACCCUCGUCAUACUCACAGUCUCAAUGACAGAGCCAUGGGCAUGGCUGGAACAAUUGAAUCACUGGAUUAAAGUGCUCUCGGAUCACAUUGAGAGCCUGAAGUUGGAACCGCAAGAGAAGCAGGAAGCACGACAACGGCUAAUCACCACGUGGCAAAGUUAUUGCGAAGUGGGCGACGACUUGGAUCCGGGUUCGCCAGUGAAACGUACGAUGAGAAAUAAUUCGAUAGAUGACGACGAUCUACUGCCACUUACCGAGGGCGCGUUAACAACAAAUCUCGGUUUGGAUAUUGUUGUGGUGGUCACAAAGACGGACUACAUGACAACGCUGGAGAAGGAGUACGAUUAUCGAGAUGAACAUUUUGAUUUCAUACAGCAGUGGAUACGUCGCUUUUGCUUACAGCAUGGCACAUCACUUUUUUACACAAGCGUUAAAGAAGACAAAAACUGUGAUCUCCUCUAUAAAUAUUUGACACAUCGAAUUUACGGCUUACCAUUCCGAACGCCUGCGCUAUUCGUUGAAAAGGAUGCGGUUUUAAUUCCUGCAGGUUGGGAUAGCUUGAAGAAAAUAAGUAUUUUGUAUGAGAAUAUGCAAUCAUGUAAGGCAGAGGACUACUAUACAGACAUCAUCUCGCCACCGCAGUCCAGAAAAACUGUUGCAAAUCGUGAAAUCGAGGUGCAAACAGAGGACGAACAGACAUUCUUAUUGCGGCAGCAAGAGAUUCUCAAACAAGGCGGACAGAUGCGCGGCGAUUCACCGUUGCGCGUGCAAGGCGGCAAUAAGGGCAUGCAACCACGCACACCCGGCUCCGGUGGACAGGGUUCACCCAUAAAGGUCAACGCGAAGCCAACACCAGCUACACCGGGUAAUGAAGGUGUGCUCGCCAAUUUCUUCAACUCGUUGUUGCAUAAAAAAUCCGGUUCACCUGCCACACCAGCCACCCCGCCCAAUGCGCCCAACGCCAGCAGUACACCACGUACCAAUGGUACUGAUGGCGCCAUCGAUAAGUUAGCGAUGCGCUCGGAUGCAGCAGCCGAACUCGAUCGCCUGACGAGAAGUGCGAAAAAAGAAAUGGAUUAUUCACAAAGCGAGUGUUAAGCCAGGCGAUAAAGAUUGUAUGAUUUCGAAACGACUAGCAAGACACAAGUAUAAGAACAACAACAACACCACAGUGCGCUUCUGAACAAUCGGAGGGGGAAAUGAGCAACAAAAACAAGAUACAGUUUUUUUAAAUAAGUGAAAUGAAAUGAGUGAAACUUAUAUGAAUGUAAGCAAAAAUGACGUGUGUAAUGAAACGUAAUCCCAAAGGGUGUGUUUAACUAACCCACAACCCCUUUAAACAUAAACGAGCGAUUAAUUAACGGAUUCAUUGAAAAGUAUAAAAGAUUAAAAUAUUUGCAAAUUUUAAAGCAAACUUAAAAUACAUAAAGCAAGCAAGAAUGGAAGUCAAAGCAUAUUAGACUUAACGCAACAACUUACAAAAAAAAAAGAAAAGAAAACAUAUUUUCACUACCGUCUUGCUAACUCUGGCUAAGUUUAAACAUGUGUGACGCCUGUAUUGAUUAUUUCGUUGUUUCCUAACAUGCUUCUGAUUUAUAGUAAUUAUUUUAAAUAUAUGUGUUUAUUAUUAUUUUUUUAAUAAUGCAAUAAAUGCAAUUUGCAAUUGAUUUCAUAA